UUAGCCCUAUCGGUGAGAUAUUUCGUGCCCGCACUACGACAGUUUACCAGCCCUUGUCAACUGUUGUACGAUCGAUUGGUUUCACAGCCUGGCCUGAUUCUGCUCUUCAGAGUGUUGCAGAACGUUUCUUAGACGAGCUGCCAGAGUUGGAGAUCAGCAAGGUUCUGGAGCAGGGCAUCGUGACAACAUUCCAGUACAUGCACCAGAGCGUGGUUACGGCCAGCGAGCAUUACUUGCAGGAGUUAUCUCGACACAACUAUGUGACCCCGACCUCUUAUCUAGAGCUGCUGCAGAGUUUCGCUGCCAUGCUGACCAAGAGGAAGGCUGAGAUGCUGCAGAGUAUCUUACGACUCCAGACUGGUCUAGACAAGUUGUUUAACACUGCAGAGAUGGUGAAGGUGAUGCAGAAAGAGUUGGAAGAGAUGAAGCCUCAACUGGAAUCUGCUCAGGUUGCAGCUCAAGAGAUGCUAGUGGAGAUUGAAGGAGACAGGGAGGUGGCAGAGAAGACUCGCCAGGAGGUGGAGGUCCAGGAGGCAGACGCAGCCCAAAUGGCAGCUGAAUGUCAAGCUAUUGCAGAUGAUGCCCAGGCUGACUUAGAGGAAGCAAUGCCAAUGCUACGUGUGCUGCCGAGGACAGCCUCAAGGCCCUCAACAAGAAUGAUAUCACUGAGGUUGGCGGGCUCUAAGCCGGGAGAGAAGAGGCGCUCAUCGCCAAACUCGAACCCUACAUCAACAACCCCCAACUUCCAACCAGCAAAAAUCAUCACUGUGUCGAAAGCGUGUACGUCGCUGUGCAUGUGGGUGCACGCCAUAUACAAGUACUACUUUGUGUACCGUGCAGUGAUGCCGAAGAAAGCUGCGCUGGCAGUGGCCAAAGCAAAAUUGGAUGAAACUGAAGCUGUUCUUGCCCAGGCUAAAGCCAGAAUGCAACAGGUGAUGGACAGAUUGGCAGUGCUGGAACAGACACUGCAGGAGACGAUGGACCGCAAGAACGAGCUGGAAGCGAACUCCCGGUUAUGUGAAGAGCGCAUGAACCGUGCAUUCCGAUUGGUGAAUGGAUUGUCAGAUGAGCGUUCUGCGCUGGAUACAGACCAUCGAAAACAUCAACGAGAAUAUGAAGACUACCGACGCGCUCUGUUGGAGGACUGGCACAAUGUGGUGACGAAUGCUGGAGUCCCCCACACUGCAGACUGUAACCCUGUGUCCACACUGGGAGACCCAGUUACUAUCCGCAUCUGGCAACUGGACGGUCUGCCCAGAGACGUUCUGUCCACAGAGAACGCCGUCCUUGUCUUCAACUCCAAGCGAUGGCCCCUGUUCAUCGACCCACAAGGCCAGGCUAACCGUUGGGUUAAGAAUAUGGGCAAGGCACAGGGGCUGACCAUAUGUAAGCUGACAGACAGGGACCUGAUGCGCUCUUUGGAAGGUGCGGUCAGACUCGGGAAGCCCAUGCUGAUAGAGAACGUAGGCCUCGAGCUGGACCCUGCCCUGGAUCCAGUGUUGACCCGACAGACUUUCGUCCAGAGCAGCCAGGUGGUCAUCAAGUUAGGUGACGUCAUUGUACCCUUCAAUUCGGACUUCAGGACUGUUCCUCACCACCCGGAUGGCCAACCCCCACUAUACUCCUGA